UUGGAAGUGGCCUACCAGGAAUGCCAGAGAAUCACCCGGCGGGAAGCCAGGAAUUUCUACUGUGCCUCUGUCCCCCUUCCUCCCAAACGGCGGCAGGCCAUCUACGUCGCCUACGCUUUCUGCCGCUAUUGCGACGACGCCGUGGACUCGGAAACCUCCACCGAAGAGAAGCUGCAACGGUUGGCCGAUCUGCGCCGUAUGCUGGAGCAAUGCUACCAGGGCCAAGCCGAUGAGCCUGUAUUUGUGGGGCUUGCCCAAGUAGCACAGGACUACGAAAUUCCCCGAGAGUAUUUCGAGGAGAUCCUGGCGGGGAUGGAAGCCGACUUGGUCAAGACCCGUUACCAGGACUUCAGCGAGUUGCGCGAAUACUGCUACCAGGUAGCUUCGGCCGUGGGCCUUAUCUGUAUACAUAUCUUCGGCUUUGAUGACGCCCGGGCGAAGGCUCACGCCAUCGACCUGGGCCUGGCAAUGCAGCUGACCAACAUCUCCCGGGACGUGAAAGAAGACUUGGACUUCGGCCGAAUUUACUUGCCCCAGGAUGAACUGGCCCAGUUUGGUUAUUCUGAGGAAGAUCUGAUAUCCGGACGGUUUGACGACGCCUUCCAGGCCCUGAUGCGGUUCCAAGCCGAAAGGGCCCGAGCCUAUUUCCGCAGCGGGUUCCAGUUGCUGCCCUACCUCAGCCCCAGGUCCCGCGCUUGUACCGCGGUGCUGGGCCGCAUAUACAGCAAGCUGCUGGACCGGAUUGAGGCCGCCAACUACGACGUAUUGAAUCACCGGGUCAGCCUCUCAACCGCCGAAAAACUGGGGAUAAUGGCCCAGUCCUGGGCCGGCAGCAUGUUGCCUCGCCAGCGGCCCGACCCCACCUAG